AUGCAGGACCGCACGGAGCUCUCCUCUUACGUCAUAGCCCGCCACCAUCGGCACGGAUAUCUCGUUCUACGCACGAAGUCGGAGAAGGAGAAAUGUGGACUUCCAUGUGGUGUGGUGGAUGCUUACCAAGCCAAGUUCGUGGGAGUGAACCACGCUACUUUGGCAACCGCAGCACGCGUCCUUUUCGAAACCACCGGUCUGGACUUCAGUGAGGAUGCCAGUCGACUUCACAGGAUUCAUUUCCCAGCGGCCGUGCAAUCCAAGCUUGGCUCGAACCACAACUUUGUCGAAUUGGAGCUUCGAGAUGAAGAUUCCCUGCAUCUGAAAGGCAACAGUGAACGUUUAACUUCGCCCAAUACGGGCCCGAAGAACUUUUUCUUGCAGCUAUCAAACGAGUAUACAGACUUCUAUUUUGAACCGGAUCGUCGUAAAGCAGCCGCUGCUGUGAGGCACCAGUCCGAGGGUAAGCCGUCAAAGGCGGUUUGGGGCAUGCAGGCUGUGUACAACCCGGACAACUGCUGCUUCGCAGCCAUUUGGCGUGCAUGCUUUGGCUGA